GCGCAGGGGUUAGGGUUUAUGAGUCAGAUAGCUAGUCAGUCACUCCCACUUCAAAACAAAGAAACAGCAAAAAAAGAGCGGGAGAGAGCGGGAGAGAAUACACUCCCCCUCAUUCCCAACGCCUUUCGGCUCCGAAGAUGUCAAUUGGUGCUCGUGAACUUACUGUUCUCGGUGAGUUCAAGCCCUUUGGCUUGAUUGCCGAAGCUCUUGACGGGAAACCCUCCGAUAAUUGUGUGGAGGAUUAUCGUUACUUCCUGUUCAGUCCAGAAGUGACCAAACAAAGAGAUGAAGCUGAUGAUGUCGAUUUGCCGUCGCCCUCAAGUGACCGGAGCGAUCAUGAGCUCUUCAUUAGAGGGAAUAGGAUAAUAUGGAGCAUAGGCUCGCGAGUCUAUAAGAGGUUCACAUCACCCUCCACAGUAAUAAAGGCAUGCUGGUGCCGUAUGGGCUAUACUUCAGAAGCUGUUCUGUGCAUACUACAGAGUGAUAGUUUGACAAUUUAUGACACAUCAGGUGAAGUAACAUCCGUUCCUCUUUCUCGUAGCAUCACCUCCAUAUGGCCUCUUCCAUAUGGUUUACUGCUCCAACAGGCACCUGAAGGGAGCUCGCCAGCGCAUAUCCCAUUUUUGUCUUUGAGCCCAUUAUUAAGUGUUCGUGAUACAUUUCGUUCAAAAAGGGACGUUAACCUUCAGAAUUGUACUGCUGUACAUGGUCUAGAUUUUACUGUCAGGGGAGAUGGGUCUUCAAUGUCCUCACAUCUGAUAUUAAAGGAUCCAUUGGAAGAACCUCAGCCUACCUAUAUUGAGGAGAGGGGGAAAUUAAACUUUAUUAAAGAAUUUGAUGAAAGGACCAUCUGGACUGGAGACUGUGUCCCCCUGAUGGCGUCAUACAACCAAGCUAAGCUUCAGCAUUCUUUAUGGGUUGUUGAAAAAAUCAAUUCUAACAUUGAAAUGGGAAAUUCUAGAUUUCCUGAUGUUCCUGUUGGGGUGCUAACAAAGCAUUUUUCAUUCCGGAGGAUAUGGCAAGUAAAGGGUUCCCAAACAGCUGCUAGUAAGGUGUUUCUAGCAACUGAUGAUGAUACAUCACCCAUUAUUUGCUUUCUACUCCAAGAGCAAAAAAGGUUGUUGUCUCUGCGGCUUCAGACUGUCGAAAUAAAUACUGAAACUAUCUAUGAUAUUAAGCCUGACAUGAGUUGGAGCAUACCAGCAGUUGCUGCAGCACCAGUUGUUGUUACUCGACCCGGAGUUAAAGUGGGUGGACUUCCAUUUGUGGAUAUUGUUGUGUUGACGUCAGAAAACACUCUUCUUCUGUAUUCCGGGAAGCAAUGUCUUUGUAGAUUCAAGUUGUCUUCCCUUGGCAAAGAUCAGAUUUUGCAUGAUCCUAAAAUUGUUGGGUUAGCCGAUGCUGUUGAGGAGCGUAUCAAUGUAAUUGUGAACAGUGGACGGAUUUACCGAUGUACUUGGCGACGCAAUCCAUCAUCGUCCUUGGCAAAUGAUUGCAUCACUGCAAUGGCUGAGGGGAUGAGCUCUACUUUGUAUAAUCACUUUCUUGUUCUUCUUUGGCGCAAUGGUGAUCAAGCAUAUCUGAGUAGGACGGAUCUGACUGCUGAUUCUGAGUGGGAGUCCUUUCAAAGUGUAAUAUCACAAAUAUGCAAAGAGUCUAGUCAUAAUUCUGAAAAGCUUUCAGAUUCUGUUUCAUGCUCUUCAUGGGAGUUCCUUAUUAACAGCAGAUAUCAUAAGCAAUACAGCAAAAGCUAUCCUAUAUCUGGAUUUUCAGAAACUUCAAUUGAUCAGCAGGGAUCGUAUUCACCUGGAUCAUUCGUGGAUACGUCACAUAAUGCUGAAAGUUCGUUGUAUGCAGAAUUGCUGGCAGAGACCCAAGAUACACUGCAUACUGUAUAUGAAAGUUUGAAACUAGAAAACCUCCGUAAACGAGAUUUGGGUCUUCUGGUGGUUCUAUUAUGUGAUAUUGCUGCUUUCCUGCACGAAGAUUGCUACUUGGAUCAUUAUAUACGCGACUUUCCUUGCCUCUCAAAAGGCCGUGAAGUAUCUCUCACCUCAUCCUCCAAGAAAAUUCCUCCUAGUUUAUUCAAAUGGCUUGAGUCCUGCUUGAAGCAUGGGUGUAGUUCUGCUAGUAUCAGUCAUCUCCCAUCUUUGAUCUUCAAAGACGGAAGUUCUGUUGUCAACUGGGGACGGAAAAUUGUAUCUUUCUAUAGCUUGUUAUGUGGCGCUGAGCUUUUGGGUAAAAGGUUAUCUUCUGGGGUUUCUUGUGCUGUUGCAUCUGGAUCAUUUAAUACUCCAGAGGAACUAACUAUCUUGGCAAUGGUUGGAGAAAGAGUAGGUCUGCAGCAGUUAGACUUGUUGCCUGCUGGAGUUUCCCUUCCUCUUCGAGAUGCAUUGGAUAAAUGUCGUGAAUCUCCUCCAAUGGAUUGGCCUGCUGCUGCUUAUGUUCUUCUUGGCCGGGAGGAUUUGGCUUUCUCACGAUUAGCAUAUUCAAGAAAAUCCGUGGAGCUUGAGCCCCACAUUAAUGUUAAUAUGACAUGUAUGUCCACUCCUUACAUGUUGAACCUGCAUCCGGUGACAAUUCCUUCCUCAAUAUCUGACACAAUAGAGUCAGAUGAUAACAAGCUAGAGGAUGUAGAUUCUGUUGAGGGAUCUGUGGCUGAUGGUAUGGAGCAUAUUUUCAACUCUGGCAUCCAGUUGCGUUAUGGUCGUGAUCUGCGGUUGAAUGAGGUUAGACGUCUUCUAUGCUCUGCUAGGCCUGUCGUUAUUCAAACACCUGUUAAUCCAACUGCAUCAGAUCAGGACCU